CCCAGGCAAGUAGCCAAGAAGAGAAACGAACUAGAAAGAGAGUGCCGGCCGGAGCAGGAAACCACGCCAUCCAUGGAAGACCACUACACGAGCUUCCUCAAGAACCCCUACUACUACUACUGCACUUCCUCCUUCCCUACCCCUCCCCCAACCCCUCACCUCCCUCCCCCCUUCCCACCAUACACCGCCCGGUACCCCGCCGUGGCCGUGGCCGUGGCCGCGGCAGCAGCUCCUCACCACCACCAGUACCCCUCCUUCUUCCAGCACCAGCUGGCCCAGCCCACUCAUCACUACAGCACGGCGCCUCCCUCCCCUCCGCUCCGGGAGGCCCUCCCCCUCCUCUCCCUCUCGCCCACGCCCGCCGCCCGCCCUCGUGCCGUCCACCACCACGACCCCGCCGACUCCGACUCCGACGACGAUGACAACGACUGCUGCUACCACCAGCAGCAGGAGGUGGCGGCGGGCUCGAGGACGACCUCUGCGCGCACACCGCUCUUCGCCGACCUCAACUGCGUGCCGUCCUGCUGCGACGACGGCGGCGGCGACCCGAUGGACGUGGAGGCCGCCUGGUCCACGUCCACUGAUGACGCCGCCGUUGCUCUGCGCAUCGGCCUGCCGUCCGCGGAAGCUGACCUUCUGUCCGGGCUAUCGGGCAGGGCGGCGGAAGAGGACGAGGAGGAAGAAGAUGAUUGCAAGCCGGGAGGGGGGCACGAGGAGGUGCCGCUAGGGUUCUCGUCCACGGCGCCGAUCGGGAGGCUGAACAAGGGGCAAUACUGGAUCCCGACGCCGUCGCAGAUCCUCAUCGGUCCCACCCAGUUCUCCUGCCCCGUCUGCUUCAAGACAUUCAACCGAUACAAUAACAUGCAGAUGCACAUGUGGGGUCACGGUUCGCAGUACCGGAAGGGCCCCGAGUCGCUGCGCGGGGUGCAGCCGACGGCGAUGCUGCGGCUGCCGUGCUACUGCUGCGCGGCGGGGUGCCGGAACAACAUCGACCACCCGCGGGCCAAGCCGCUCAAGGACUUCCGCACCCUGCAGACGCACUACAAGCGCAAGCACGGCCUCAAGCCCUUCCUCUGCCGCCGGUGCGGCAAGGCCUUCGCCGUCAAGGGCGACUGGCGCACCCACGAGAAGAACUGCGGCAAGCUCUGGUACUGUCUCUGCGGCUCCGAGUUCAAGCACAAGCGCUCGCUCAAGGACCACGCCCGCGCCUUCGGCCACGGCCACGGAGCUUUCGGGUGCAACGGCGCCGCUGGUGGCGAUGGCGGCUUCGACGACGACGACGAGGGCGCCGUCUCUGAAAUCGAACACGACGUCGUCUGCGGUGCCGCCCCGCGGUGACGAGGUCGUCCAUCGAUCAUUCGUUCCGUUACUCGCCGCCGGCUGGCUCCGGUCAAGCCAUGCCACACGCACGAGCAAACACUAUAUAUAGUACUACAGCUAGAUAGCUCCUGAGCUUUACCUCUGUGGCUCUUGUUGUCGCCGUUUGUUGUCGUUUUUUGCUUUAGUGUUAGGGUUUGUGGAAGUUUUCUUUAGUGUUAGAGUAGUAGUAAGCAUGCAGUACUAUGGAUCCAUCCCUCUGUAAGGUGUUGGGUGAUCUCAAUCGAUCACACCAUUAACUCACGGAGCAAUAGGUGUGUGUGAGUGUUGUGUCUGGUGUGUCCUUGAAUUUGGGGUUCAUUAAGCAUAUCUUUAGCAUGUUCUGAGCAAUUUUUAUUGUAAAUCUUGGCUAUUCAUGAACUCGUAACUGUAAUGCAGUUAUCUGUA